AUAAGAAGGGUGUCUUUCAUUCCUACUCCUUGGCUUACAUCACUCAAGAUGACUGCUAUCUACUGUCAUGUUGUUGGGGGAAGGGACCUUCAAGGGAAGCCUGUGUGAAAAUACUGUGCUUCUUUCCCUGCAGUGCAGUGACAGCCAGGAAACAGAAAAUGGGCUAAAGCAAUAUCUAUCACCCAAUCCAACUCUGUCUUCCUCACCAGUCAAAGCUGUAGCCAAUCAGACUUCACUUAACCAGACCACCAAUGGAAAUUCUUCUGCCCCUGAGGAGGCAGUACUCUACUUGUCACCAUUCAAAGUAGUAAGAAGACACAGACCUCUCUAUGCUGGUGCAAACCGUACCUUACCUCUCAGAGUUGCAAUUAGAAGAUAUUCACCUACAGAAGGUCUAUCUGACUCUACGAAGGGAAGAUCAAACAACUCUACAAGGAUUGAGGCGCCACAAAGCUUUUCAUCACCUGUCUCAAAGAUAACACUGCAUUACCGUGAUGGCAGUGCUGAGACCCACAAUUCCAUGCCUAUUUCCACUAUAUCUCAAAGCUCUCUGCCAAUCCCUGGAGAGACCUCCAGUUUUUUAUCAACACCUACGACAACUUAUCUCUCCUUACCAGUCGCCAGUGCAACAAAGCGCUCUGCCCUACACUCCUAUACAAGGCAUAGUUCUCCAACAGACUCUGGAGCAACUUAUUUCUUCUCAUCAGGUUCCAGUUCAUCUCGUGACUCUAGGACAGAUUCCAGGAAAACAUUCAGCUCUCCACCAAAUUUUGGGGCAAUGCGUUACCUUGUUCCAACCUCCAGAACAACUAACCUCUCCAUGCCACCCUUUAGGACAAGGUACCACUUUACACCUGCCUUUCCUGCAAGGGACCACUCUGUUCCUGAUUCUUCUACAACUCCAAAUGCUUCCCAUAAGAGCCAUUUUUCCUUUACUAAGAGUGUGCAAACAGAGCCUUCAUUGGACCAGGUUGGUUCUAGCAGUUCCUCAACUUUCAAAGAGAUAACUAGUCUUCCUCUCUCACGCUGGCUUGUAUCAAACCAAUCUUUAUCCAAAAUGCCUAUAAUGCCAACAACAACAAAACUAUCUGCAACAAACCGGGAGUUAUCUCUCAAACCUAUAAUUAAACAUUCUUUGCCUCCACUGAAAGAAUCCAGCCAAUCUUCAUUUGUCCCAGAUUCUAAAAACUAUUCCUCAUCCUUCAGCAUUCUCUCUGGUGAUCCAAGGUCUACUUUAAUAAAAAGAAAUUCUUUUAAUGUGGAUCAAGAUGAAUCAAGUCACUCAUCCAACAUCCCACUCAGUAACCUUAUGCUGGGCAAAGCUGCGAGAAGAUCAUUACCUCUUUCCUUUGGAUCCAGUCAUUUGCCCCCCACCAAAGUUGUUUGGAACACAAGAAAAAAAUUAAAGCCUUAUCCACUUAAUCCACAUAACUCUUUAAGAAAAGGUCAAUAUCUACCAGCCAAUGAUAGAAUAGAUGCCUCCCAGAAUCCCUGGAACACAAGAACUGCUUCUUUAAAUUCACAACCUAAGCCAAGCUCAUUGAUAUUUGGUUAUCAUCCACUAAGCCAUUCUCCAUCUAUCCCGGAAGCCCCCAUCAGUACCACUACAGAUACCAUUAUUAGGGUUCUUGAUUCUGACACUCCUAUCUCUUCAGUGAAUACCAAUAAUGAAAGUCCUAGAUUGAAAAAUCAUGAAGAGAAAGCUACAACCACUGUGACCGAUGCACUUGGAAGAAAUGAGAUCACCAGUACCGAAGAGAUUACAGCAUUAGCUAAUGCCACGCCAUGGGAUAAGAAAGUCAAAACCAUUGCAAAUCAUGCUAUUGAUUAUUUCCUAAACCCUGGGGAUUUGGCUAAUGACUUCUCAGAAGAUUUUACCAUUGCUUUAAUAAAUGCCAAUAAAUUUUCAGAUGCUGGUACAUAUGAUGAAGAAAGAAAGGGAGAUGGCCUGUAUUUUGAUUCUAGUAUGGUAGAAGAUAAUACAAUUAAAAUGGACAACACAGAUCUCCUGGAGGAAGAUCUCAGAGUCCAAGACCUUCGGGAGAAAGAUGAUUUCUCUGAGACUGAUUUUCCUAAUUGGGAGAAAGACUACCCAACAGAUGUUGAUGAUUCUGUUGUCCUAACAAAAAAUAGCAUAGAUAUCACUAGGAUCUUUCCUAAUGGAAUGGCACCAUGGGCUAAACUUCCAGUUGGUAUUAAUGAUGCUGCUAUACCGAUGAAAGAUGCCAUUCCAUUUACAAGACUGAGAGGAAUCCCUGAAUAUGUUUCUGUUCCAACAAGCAAUGCUGUUAUUGGAAAUAAUCCUACAGAUGAUGCUACAAAGUUUUUUCCUGAAAUGUUUGUGAGGAAAUCUGGUACUACUUUAGCUAACAGUGACAAGUAUUUAGCUUUUACCACAGUAGCUAAAAAUGGCAUGGCUAUUGGGGAUCAAGUAACUUCUGAAGUAAAUGAUAUUCCAUCUAUAAGGAAUUCUGAGACCCCAAUACAGCAAAUUAUUCUCACUAAAUUUAAUCCUGAAAUAAAUUUGCCUGAAAAGGAAGAUAUUGCAACAGGAAAUGUCUAUACUGGUUUUUUGGAAAGUUCAAUUGCUGCCGAUAAAAAUGUCUUGGAUAUGACCCAGCUUUGGGGUGACAAUUCAAUUAUUGAAAACUAUACUACUCUUCCUGAAAUAAAUGCCACCAUUUCUACAGUGAGAAUUCCAAACCUGACAAAUGUGCCAACUAGACCACCCAUGCCUGAUGCAGCUGUCUCUGAAAUGAAUACUGCAGACCCUCUACUAAACAAUUUGUUUGUUACUCCUAUGGAAGAAGCUUUAAUUAAAGAACAUUAUGCAAUUACUACCAGACAAGAUGACUCUUCAAUGGACAAAGGACAACAGAUUUUAUCUGAUGGAUUUAUUUCCAGAAGUCCUACCCCUGGAGAAGAUACUACAGGCACAGUUUAUAUUCUUCCAAGGAUGGAUGAAACUUUUGCAGAUGGAGACACAACCUUUGAGAGUAAUAUAACUCCAUCUGCCAAAGCAAAUAAUAUAAUGGAGGCUGACAAAAUUAUUCUGACAGAAGAAAACACACCAAAUGAAAAGACCUUAAAAAUGUUUAUUUUAGAUGACAAUGAUCGUAAUUCUGUAAAAGAUAACUCCUUUAUGCCUCAAGUCCAUAGUGCUGAACAUCUAGUAGAUAGAAUAAAAUAUGCAACUAACCCAACUCAAUCUGAUCCCAAAAUAGCUACUUCUGCAACCCCUAUUUUAUCCUCAACAUCAGACAAAACUGUUAUAAGUUCAAGAAAAGUACAUGAUAUCAUUCCUUUCAUGGAAGAAAAUCCUGAAUCUGAAAUUAAGGCUCCUAUAUUCUUGUUUGGAAACGACCCCAACUACAUAGAUAUGACAUCUCGAUCUAUUGGUGGUGACAGAACCAGCAAUCAAGCUAAAACCUCAAGAGAAGACAACACAGCUACUGAGAAUAAAUUGAUACCUAUUGUAGAGUACUAUGAAGAGGGCAUUGUGUCAAGCAUCAUUCCAACUAGUUUUGCCUUUGGAUCCAAUAAUGGUGCUCUUGAUGUUGAUAAUUCUGAUACCACAGGUUUUUAUAUUUUCCAAAAGGAGUAUGAUAUGACCUUUUCCCAUUUAAGAGACAAAGUGACAAUCCCUGAGGACUCUCAUUCAUAUCUGGCUCAGGCUUUAGAUUCCAAGGGGAAUCCCACUCCUUUGUUGCAUGAAAUGACAGCUAGUCAUCCCAAUGUACUUCUUACAUCUAGUAUGAUGAAUUUAAAGCCAACAACUACCAGAAAUGUGGCAGAUGCCAUCACUGAUGGAAUUGAGGAAAUUAUCCUCAAGGACCAAAAAAUCAUAACUGUAACAAAGAAUGAUGAAAUAGCAGAGGAUGUUGAUUUCUAUCUACCUGACAAUUCCAUCUCAGUGAGGCAGACAACUACCCUUCUUGAUGACAAUAAUAAAGCUGAUGUUAUCAGCAUUCGCCGUUGGCCCAAAACAUCUGUUUCAAAAAUCAAGCAAGUUGCAAUGAUGUCGACUAUAAAACCUGAUAUUCUACCUGCAGAGAAAGCCCCUCCCAAAGAGACUGAGGAUUCUACAUUUACAAUGAAUUACAUCAAUGCUAAACAUGAUUCCACUACCGUGAAGGGAGCAAAUCCUGCUAAGCUUAUUCUACUAAUAGCUAACACUUUCAAGUCUAAUGUUUCUUCUACUAAACUGCAAGAAACUUUUCAAGAAAAAGACCCAUUCCCUCAGGCCACUAGGCAGCUCUCAGAGCUUUCAGCUAAAAAAUCAGCAAAGAUCAAAGAUGCUGCUGUCCCAGGAUGGCAGAUCACUAAAAGUGAUCACAAUAUGCUUCCAUUAGCUUUUUUUUCAGCUGCUCUCACCACGGCAAGGAUCGAACCCACUGGUGGUGAAUUCAAGACAACUUCUAUUUUGAAUGGAAACCAUACCAUGCAGAAUGCUGAUGCAUCUGAAUUUAGGGGUGAUGAAAAAAGCACUAUUCUUGAGGGAACCAAAAGAAUAACUUUUCUUCUUGCUUCUAAAAGAAAUGUUGUCCCUCUUAAUGAUACCACCAGAGAUGAAUCUGAAAAUGCUAAAAACAGCAAAAGUUUUGAAAAUGAAAUGAUUCCUUAUGCAGAGAGAACCAUACAGGAAAAUAACCUCCAAGGAGAAGAAUCCAUUUCCAAUGAUAAUCUAUUUAGAAACUUUUUACCCAUCAAUGAUAAUACCCUUGGUACUUUGGUUCCUGAUGACUCCAUUUUUCCUGAGACAGAUGGCAUCAGCCCCAUCACAAACAUCUUUACAAGCCCACCUAAUCUAAAUACAUUGGAAGCUUCUGCAGGUUACACAAAGUCUUUACCUGAAACAACUGCUCCUGAUUUAAAAGAAAUUAUUAGUCUUGAACAACAAAGUACGACUGUUCCUGAUACUACUUCAUUUUUGCCUAAAAUUUCUUAUCUGGGGGAAAAAAGAACCAUCCACAAAGGUACUGCCCCUAAUGUAGUCUCUUCCUUCACCCCAAUAUAUGCAAUAUCCUCAACAUCCAACAGGGUCGACCCUGCUAAGAAUCCCAUCACCCUCAAAGAUGAAGGAAUCUCUGUUACAAAAAAUACCCCACCCUCUUUUAAUAAUAAACUUUCCCUUGGGGUAAGCACUAUAACCCAAGCUACUCAUUUAAAACCUCAAGGAAAUGAUGACAAUGGCACUGUGGAUGAAAUCACCAAUUCACAAAAAGACACCCCCACUGACUCUGGCCCUAUCAGUCACACUGAUGAUGAGAUUAAAUUUGUAAGAAGUCUAAAUACAUCUCCUGACAUCUCAUUUAUUAAAAAAGCCACUCAUGUGGAGGCCAAGACCUCUCUCUCAAUUGAGAACGGUAAGCCCAAAAAUGGUUUUGCCAACUUAAGUGUCAAUACUUCUCCUUCCAUGAGAGACAAAGAUGUACUCACAACUGCUAAUGCAUCAAAGAUUCUUAAAUAUGAUUCUGUGACUGAGAAAGUUCAAGGUCCUUUUCUUAUAAAAUCAGCAUUGACAUAUACAAUCAAUAACAAAUCUGUAUCUGUUAAAAGUCUUGCCAUUACCCCAAAAAGGCACAUUAUCGAAGCACAAACUCUUCUCCCAGCUAACAUGACUGUGACUAUGUUUCGGGACAGUUACAGUUCCCCUACUCCAGCCACCAUCCUGGUACCAGGGAAUAGUACAGUGGGGAAUGAUACUUCCAGCCUUUUAUCCGACCACAUAACCACACUCUCUGGCAGAGUGCUCCCUACAUCCGCUAUUACCUCCUCUAUAGGACAUGUGAGAAACAUGGAUGAAAUCAAUAAGUAUGAGCUGGAAUCUUCUAUAGAGAAAAACAAGACUAUUGAACCAAAAACACUUCCUUUGACAGAAGGGCCCACAACAGUGGAGGCAAAUGAUGCUGUUCUGCCAAUAAAAAAUGUGACAGAGAAUGUAGACCAGAUGACUAUUCCACUCCAUGGCAAUAUCCUUAAGGACUACCACUCAGUGCUUAAAACAGAUGAUACUGAUCCCAUUAUGGACAUCACUGCACUCACAUAUGGCCCAGAUGGAUUUGAAUCUCCUACUCCUAAUUAUUUGUCUAGUAUUAUUAUUCCAGAUGAUGCAGUAGUUACUGAAAACCACCACACUAUGUUUAUUGGAGAGGAUAAUUCUGACACUGAAGCUGACAAUAGAAAUCUCACAGAUCCUGCAAAAUUGCAGGUUGUGAAUCUUAGAUCCAUGGAUGAUUCCAUCUUUAUUCAUACUGAAAGCUUUACCCCAGCAUCUCAAGAAAUGGUAGCUAUAGCUACCAAUGACAUGGACUUCCUUCCAGAAAUGUCUAAUCCAAGAGUGAAAAAAACCCUUUACUCUUCUGUUCCCAAUGCUGUCCUCAAUACAAGGCCACACAUUCUUGAUAGGAUGGAUUCUAGUAGGAAAGACAAGUUACCUUUGAUUAAGAAUGACACAUCUGUUGUUCAUUAUGCUGUUGGACUGCCAGCAGACACUACAACCACAACAGCUGACCCCAAAACUCAAGAAGAUGGAACCAACACUGAUGGGCCUGAACUGAAAAACUUUAAGCUUGGGGUGGAUCCUGUGAUUUCCUUCACUGAUUUUGUUAUUGAUGAGCUUCCCUAUGAGAGAAAAGAAGCCUUACGUGACCCCAUGGCAAGAGGUGUUAUCACACGAACAGAGAGAGCCACAUCAAUUGUGGCUAAUGGCACUACCCUCCCUGGUAAAGAUAAUAAUGGUAAAGAGCAAUUUAUCAUUCCUGGAGGAGCUGACAUUGCUCUGUUCAAAGGAGAUGCCCCUCUAGUGACAUCUGAAACAUUCUCUCAGUUGUUAGAUAUCACAGCUAGUGAAGCCCAAUCAUCUGUCUUUAUAGAAGAAGAAUCUCUGACUGAUCCUUCAAUAACAGUAGCAUCAAAGGAAUCAGAACCUCUAAUAGAAAACAUUAUGACUAUAAAUAAAGCUUCCAACCCAGAAGAGCAAAUAUUUAAAACUCAGAGGGACCACUAUACUCUCCCACUAGAGACUAUAAUUCUUCCAGUUGACUCAACAGCUUAUAGGUUUUCUCCCACCAAUUCUGAACAUUCUUCAUUUACUAUGGGAGCUGCCAAUUCUAUGCUUGUGAAAGACAUUCCAAUUAGUAAUCAUGGCCAAAGAAACAAUUCUGAAAGACUGGUGCUUGAAACUAUACCUGCAGAAAAGUCUUCUUACAUGGGUGUAGAACCAACAGAAAAGGAAAACGUCACAACUCAAGCUGAAGGAAACCCUCCAUACGAUAUGGCCUAUAAUGAUUUUGUAUCAGGCAAUGAUGUCAAUAGAACUGGUGUAAGUACCACAAACUCUCUUCUUAUUCCAACUGAUAUAAAAAUGGCAGUGGAUAGAAAGAGUAUUGUCCUCAGGGGAGAAAGAACUGACAUUGAAUUUAACAGUACUAACAACCCAACUGACAAAACAAAUUCUAAAACAGUAGCUACUAGAACCCUGGCAAAGGCAACCCCUGGUGUCCAAGAAAUUGCUUUUGUGGAAGAAAAGGAUGGAGAAACUGACAACAUUGUUGCAUUCUUUCUACCUAACAUGAGAAGCCUAGAAAACAUAAGGAGUUAUGAUGUUCUCCCUGACACUAACAAUGCUCUCCCGGUGGGAGACAUAAGCUCUUUUACAACUGAUAGCACUGAUUCCAAUGCCAGCAGCACCACACCCAGGCAUAAAAUACACACUUCCUCCAAGAAUGUCACAGGACCCAUAGAUCACACAUUGACAGAAUCUGCCCCAUCCACUCCUGAUGGGAUCAAAGCCCACACAAAAGAAGAUAGAACAGGAGUGGCUGAAAUAACUAACCCCCAGAACCACAUCCUCCCAGUGACUUCUACUAGCAUCCUUUCAACUGAGGGCAUUUCCUAUGUGGAUGAUGGUACAGAAAUUCCCACACAUUGGACGACAGCAGCUACUGUCCCCAAUACAUAUGCUGCAUCCACCGAAGCAGGAAACAACCUGGUCAUUUCUGAAAGGAACCAUUCUUUGUCCAUAGGAUAUGAUAGGGAAUUGUAUAAAAUACUUACAAGGAGAAACUCAAGACAUGAACCUGAAGAAAGAGAGGAAAGGGAAGGUGAUAAAAGCAUCCUAGAGGUAACUAAUAUUACCCCCUUUCUCUCACAUGAUAGCAUCUCCCAAAGACAUAAGCUUGUACCUGAAGAUAUUUUGAUUAAUUCUGAUGAAGACACAGCCUUCACACUUGAUCCAAAUGAGUUUCUGACUUAUGGGGGAUAUUCUUCAGCUAAGGCCACAAACUCUCCACCUCAAACAGCUGCUUCUGAGUUGGAAGAAAUUGUUAUUUUAGAAAAGGAUGAUCCAACUGACAUGGAUACUGUCUUCCUUCUUCCUGACAUUUCUUACCCAGAGAGGAAAAGAAAUGCCCUAGAGGAUGAUCCUAUUACUCCAGAGAGAGCCAAGACCUCUAUUAUAACCAAAACAGAAGCUUUUGCCUCAAAGGACAGAGGCUCUUUUGAAAAUAAAAUUGCCAGUGGAGAGGAUUCCAAUGAAGUUUCUGGGGCUGAGAUAAAGAAGAUACAAGAGGCAGAAGCUUCUCCUGUGACUUACUUCAUCACUCCUGAAGCUGAUAGCUACUAUGUAGGUACAAAUAUUGAACACUUACUUGAUGCGACAGCUACAAGUGCCUUUCUGCCUACAAAAAGAAGCACUUCAGCUAAACCCAAGGCCACUACUCUUUAUGCUGGAUACAUUAAAUCUAAAAAUUACCCUAUUGUUUCUGAGGCAGAUUCUACUCUUGUGUCCAAAGAUGACACCACUUCACUAACAGAUGAUCCUUUAAACUUUAAUUCAUAUGCCACUGCUGGAAUUCCUCCAGAAACUCUCCAUUUGAAGGAAAACUCAUUGGAUGAUGUUUAUAUGACUAUGUCAGAGACAUCCAGACCUGUUUCUGAGAAGUCUUUAUCUGUUAAUGGAAGCCCCAUCCCAGGAUGGAAUGUUAUCAGUGCUCAUAGUGACCCUCAGGCCCUCCAGCUGGAAGCUACAUUUCCUCCAACUGAUUUUACUCUCUUGUCAAGGAACCUUGCUUACACUGACCUUGAUGCAGUUGACAUAGUAAAAUUAGACCCAGCCAUUGAGACAACCACCUCUGGUGAAAAGUAUCUUUCUCCUAAGAAUGCUUUCUUUGGAGCUGUUACCAAUAAUUUGAGGGACAAUACCAACUUUAUGAUUGGAACUACUACAUAUGAUAUUCCAGUAGACAAGAUUGCAUCUGACAAUCUUGAAGUAGCAUUUCAGAGGGAGGAAGUAGAUCCUAUAAAAGGAGAUGAUGUUACUUGGGAAGGAGAAAAAAUUCUAUAUUCUACUUACUCUUUACCUUUUAUGUCAGGUAACAAUAUUCCUGAAGGCAAAAAAUUAGACCCUGAGGAAGGCUUCAUUUUCCUUGAAACAAAAAACAAUCAUAUCAUCACUGAUGGUGUCAAUCCUCCACCUCAAAUACCCACUAACAGAGAAACUAAAUCUGGGGAUUAUAUUAGUCCUGAAGAUGAAAAACCUUUCACUGUAGGUGACUCAGCUAUUCGGACAGCUGCUGACAGUGUUAAGAGAAUGGCUAUCACAGCUGACACCAUCCCAGAUGGAAUGAUAAAAAUGACCCCUGAAUUUAAAGAAAUGACAAAUGCAGAACAAAAUUAUUCAGGAGCUGCAGACAACAUGACUUUUCUGCCUUACCUAGCUUACCUUUCAAUAAAAAGAAAAGCUCAAAAAGAUGGUGAAGUUGGUCUGGAUAUACUCUCUCCUUUAGCUUUGGAAGAUACAAGGCCCCCUGUGGCAGGCAGCACUGCUCCCAUUUCUAUUGCCACUUCCCUUGAAGUUAAAGAUAGCUCCACACUUAUAUCUGGAAACCAUGCUACAAAUACUGCGGCUGGUGCCAAAUCCCCUGAAAAAGAGAAUAAAACUGUUGUAGUGGAAAUGACUAAUUACCAGAAUAACAUAUCUCCAGUGACUUCCAUCACAGCUCUUCCAAAUGUCAGGAUGCCCUAUGCCAAUAAAGGGAACAAAUAUAUAGCAGACUUGGCUGCAAAAGAGGUAAUCCCACUUAUAGAGAAGAACCCUGCCAUAGUGACUAGGGAUACUACAUUUCCCUCUGAAUACAUCCAACCUAACAAUGAAUCCACUGCUUCUGAAAUGGGAACUCCACUGUUCACAAGAGGUGGCCCAUUAACAGCUCUCCCCAAUCCUACCCCUUGGCACCAUGCUCCUUUUGAUGGGACACCAGUCAUAUUAGAGGCCCUAGGACCUAGGACUAACAACUCUCUCCCUAAUGAUGCUGCUACUCUGAACCAGCCCCUCCCUGAAAUGGAAGCAAAUGCUCCUGCCCUCGUAGCCACUCUUCUUCCAGAUGAUUCUAAGACAUCCAUCAUCAAAGUCAUGUACACAAGACAUGUUGCAACUACUGCUAAUAAAAAAGGUACCCCAACAGCCAUGGUGCCUGACAUUUUAAUUCCUUCUACCAAUGGCCCUGAAAGAGAGGUCGGAGAUAUAAUAUAUCCCUCUAGCUAUCAGCCUGAUUUUAUCAAAGAGGAAUCUGCCUUUAUAAAAAAUAACAAAAUUCCCUUUGUUAAGGAAAAUAUCUCAGCAGAGAGAAAGGGUGUCUCUCUGGCAGAAGAAAACACCUCCAAUAAUGAUUUGAUGACUCUUGCCCUUGACAACAAUGUUACUGCCUAUGUCACUGAGGAAUACACCAUUGCCCCUCCAACCCCCAUUAUAAUAAGCAUGCCCACACUCACAUAUGAGCCAUCUGAAUUGGGGACUUAUGCAUCCUACAACAAGGCUGAUAGUUCACACUCAGCUGAAAUAGUUACUGCCAAUCCUAUGCAGACAAACUCUACAGAAACCAGUCAUACUGUCAUCCUUAAGUAUGAACCACCUGAUUCUGAGAUUCAUACCACCAUGCUGAAAUCUGUAGCUCCUAGGACAAUGGCUCAUUCCAACCCUGAUGAAAGUAAGAAAAUGCCUUCAAAAUUUCUAAAAGGGACUGCUGUAGAACAAGACAAAGUUGUAGAAGAUGCUACCACCUUUAUGCCAGAGACAUCUAACCCAAGAAAGAAAAGAACUGAUUUUUCAAAUGUUCUAGACCCAGACACAGGGUUCCCUAUGGAAGAAAGUAGAACUUUUAAAAUGGACAACUUUGGCUCUGCUGGGGAACCUGGCCCCAUCAAAAAUAAAGAAGUUUUGGGCACAAAUGUAGAAGCUGAUAUUUUUAAACCAGAAAAAAAUUCCAGUGUCACAGCAGUUGAAGCACAAUAUGUAAAAGAUAACUUUAAAACUAUUGGGAGUGAAAUGUCUACUUCACAGUAUAGUACUAUUCCUUCAGCACUGCUCAUGUCUCCUGGUGCUGACAGAAUUUCUUAUAUGGAUGAAAACAUGGAAAUGGUAACUGACAUAGAAAACAUGUCUGCUGCAGAGAAAGUUACUUCUGUUGGAACCCUUCCUGCUGAAGAUAGUGAGACUCCCCUUCCUAGAGCAGUUGUCACCAUGUCCCCAGACAAUAACCUUGUACUAACUCAUGAAAACCCCAGUCUUACUCCUGAUGCCAAGACUGAUAGUGCUGCAAUUUCUCUACAGGAGAAAAAUGAAGCUUUGUCAGAUGAUUCCUUUAUAGUAUCAGGGGAAAGAGAGACAGUAGUUGAACAAAUGAAAAGUUCUAUAGAGGAUGACAUAACUGGUGUAACUCUCCUUAAUAAUAAUGCCAAUCCUAUAGCAUCUGAAGACAACAUAAUUCAGGUAGAAGACAGCCUUUUAUAUGAUACUGAUUUAAUUGGAAGGGACAAAUAUAAUUCUGAGAAUAAUGAUAUUAUCCUUGAACCAAACACAUCUGACCUUAACAAAGUCUCAAAUUCAUGCCUGUCCAACAGAAAUGGUCUUGAAACUAUAUCUUGCAAGGAUCUCAUUACUUUCAUGGAGAAAAAUGGUGAAGAUGAAUUUUAUGAUAAGAAUCUUCCAGGUGACAAAGCUGGACCUAUGGAAGCCAUAACUGUAACUGAUGUCAUCACUGAGGGAAUUAAAACAACAAAUCAAGAAAUCACAGCUGUUGAAGAAGGUAACAGGGUUGCUGUUAAGGUGACUUCCUUUGAAUCUGAUAUGCCUCACUCAGAGACCACAGCCAACACAGCCAAUACAAGCAGCCUUGUGACUGGGAGCACUAAUCUUGACAAGAAUAUCACCACUCUUGAGAACCAGGAAACAUCGGUCAUAAGAAAUACUAGAUUCUCCUCUUAUGAUACGGUUACCUCUAGAGUAGAACCUAAGAUUAUUGCAACUGAUGUCAUUUCACAAAAAAGGGAGAAAAACCAAAUGGCAGACAUUACCAAUUUAGAGAAUAAUGUUAUUCCCACACCCUCCUUCAUUUCUCUUAAGAUUGAAGACAUUGAACCAGUAACUGAAUUAGGUACAACAGAUGCUACCACACCUGAAGAAGAAGCCACCACAUCCAUGUUUUCAGCCUCUGCCCUUUUUCCUGAACACAUUAAGCCUGAAAAUGACCCCACUAUUUCUAGGGCAAAUUCUGCUCCUGAGUCUACAGGUGAUACCACUUUACUAAAAGAUGCCACUGUUGAUAAUAACCAAGAAACUCUCCCUUCAAAGGAAACCUCAUUGAAUGAUACCAAGAUGGCUGUGUCUGAGGCAUCCAGGUCUGUUUCUAAAAAGUCUUUACCUGUUAAUGGGGCACCUCUCUCAGGAUGGAAUGUCAUCAUUGUGCAAAGUGAUCCUCAGGCCCUCCAGCCGGAAUCUGAUCUUCCUCCAGUUGAUUCUACACUCUUCCCUAGGACCUCUGUCUAUACUGACCCUGACACAGUUGACACAGUAAUAGAAGACCCAGUCACUGAGACAGCUACUUCUGGCAAAAAACACCCUUCUCUUAAGAGAUCUCUAUCUGAAGAUGCUACCAUUAAUUUGAGGGAAGACACUGAUUUUUUGACUGAAGCCACUACAUAUGAAGAUGAUAUUCCUGUAGAUGAGAUUAUAUCUGAUGUUCAAGAAGUUGCAUUUGACAGGGAAGAAAAGGAUGCUAUAACAAGAGAUGAUAUUACUCAGAAAGAAGAAAAUACUGUAUAUCCCACUGAGUUUUCAUCCUUUCUAUCAAGUAGCAAUGUCCUGAAGGACAAUGUAUUAGUCCCUGAGGAUUAUUUUAUUUUUCCUAAAAGAAAAGAUGUCAGUCCUAUCUCUGAAGUGAAUGAAAUCACAGCUGACCUAUCUAAAUUUGUUGCUCAACCAAUCAGUCCACAGAAUAACAUACCCCUUAUGACUUCCUUCUCUGUUCCUGAAGCAGAUAGAAUUUCCUUUGGAAAUCAAGACUCUGAAACUGUGUCUUACUCAGAUUUAACAGGUGACAUGUCUUCCAUUGCCCAGGCCAACCCAACAAUAACCAGAGUGCUGACUCCUUUACCCAACAUUCCUGGCAAUGGCUCUUUCAUUUCUGGAAAUGGGAUUACUAAAUCCAAUAAAGAUACCACUCUGUCUGUGGAAACAAUCAAUAUUCCUGAAGAUGAAUUCACUAGCAGAAAAAUUCAAGACACCCAUAUGGCAAAAGAUGACUCUUUGACUGAUCUGAAAAUAGCAAAAUCCUAUCUUUUAAAUUCAAUAACUGAUCAUUCUGCUCCCAUGAAUAAUCUUGGUAUCCUGGAACAGCCAAUUACUAACACUCCAACUUACUUUCAUGCUUUCCCACUGGAUGCUUCCAGAGAGAACAUUAUCUCCAGUGUUGACUCCAUAUACACUAAAUACAAUCCAUCUAUAACCAGGGAGGAUACUACUUCUAAGAUGUUAUAUGAUACCAUCAGUACUUCACCUGGAAAUCCUUCCCUUGAAAAAAAGUUGCCUGUGACUAGUGCUGCUGCAGUAGUGGCUGAAGAUCCAUCCCCUAAAAUCUAUUCUCCAACUCCUACAACAUACAUCACUAGAAACAUAACAGAAGCAACUGUUUCCUCCGUGGCUGAUAAUAUUAUCCCUAAAGUACAAAUACCUAUCACUUCAGAAGGAGGCCAUCUUACAUCAGUGGAUAACCCUAUACCAGAGAGUGACUUCCUUACAACUGCUGUCAACUUCAUUAGCACUUUUGGCAACUUCAUCAGCAAUGUGACAGAUAAACUUACUCUUUUAAAGGAAAUACCAACAUCAGAAUUUAAUACUAAGUUACAAUGUAUUAAAACACCUACUGAUGAUGUGGCCAAAUGUAUCUCCUCUCUGACUAACACUGAUGUGCGCUCUACUGAUACCAUUCCUCUCCCUGAAAAGGAAGUGAUCCCCCAUGUAACCGGGAGCAUUAGCUCAACAAACAAUGAUGCUUUUCUGAUAAAUGAUUAUGCCAUAGACCCAGAAAAUAAAGUUUCUGAUUUUAUAGUGUAUGAUCUUAAAGAAUGGGAAAUCACACAAUUUGACAGAACAAUCCCUUCAGAGGAAGAUGACUCUAAUACCAUGGCAUUUAUACCAAAGGAUAACAUCAGUACGGAAAAAGACACACUCAUUGUGUUUGAUUUGUCUGAGGAGGAAGACACCACCACAUCUGAAACUACUAACUCUUUAGUGGAAGAUAUUGUUGAUGCUAAUGGGUUUUGGAUAGAGGGAAAUCCUGAUGAUGAGUUGAAUGCAACAGCCCUUAUUCUUGAUGCUUCUAAAAACAAAGAUUAUUCUGUUCCCCUUGCAUCAGAAGCCAAGAAUACUAGGGAACAGAAGAACGCUAUGAAAGCCUUCCUCACUAAACUGGUAGGUAGGCCAAAUGAAUCUGUAGCUAAUGCCACAGAUUCCUUACCUGGAAGUCUCACUGAAGAACGCCACACAGAUCCUACAAAAGAUUCCACAACUGAAACUGAUGUUACCAACCUAGAGGAAGAUGACUCUAAAGACAUCAUCCUCUAAAUGCAGUAUGGAAUAACAUCUCCAACUAAAGAAAUAAGGACAAGGGAGGAGCUGGAAGGGACAGUGAGAACUGGAACUAUUUAUAGACCCAGAAUCCUACUAAUCUUUCUGAAAUUCUUCAAGCAAGAGGAGCUGAAGGCAGCAAGAUCAGGACAAAAGGAAGACUAUCCAUUAUAUGAAUAAGAAAAGAUGAAGGCCCUAAUCCUGAUUACAAUAGUCUUGACCAUAACUGCUUGCUUCUUUUCGGCUGAAGGACACCACAAAAAACACCACAACAAUAUACAUGAUCCAGAAUGCAGAAGGUCAAGAGAACCACGGGGUCCCAGAAGACCUCCUGGCCCACGUCAUCCAGAUGAUUUAGUUGAGCCACAAGGUCCACCUGAUUCACAAGAUGAUCAAGGAGCUUUCUCACCACUUAAUUGUGUAAUGAUUUGUCAUAAUGCCCCUAUAAAUGACCUUCCUGGAUCUUCUAUCACCCCUCCUGUUUCAGUUCCCAUCUCUGCCACCAAAGCUAUCACAACUCCUCCACCUGAUGCCAAAAUCAGUGUUCGUGUCAUGCCUGAAAACAGUCUCACUAGCAGUCCUCAAAACCCAGACACUACAACUGUAAUACAUAAAACUUUCUCAUCCUGAAUUUACAAAAGGAAAAAGUCAAGUUCACUUUGUGAGCACAGCCUUGAUUAUUGCCACUGAUCAUGCUAAUUCUGAACACUGUAUGCUUAUCCACUGACUGUUAAAAAUAAAUCAACACCAUCUGACUUGACUAAGGAAUAAGAAAUUUUAGGAAUGUUGCCUCUUCUUUAAUCACCUAAGAUUAUAUACAUAACUUUUCUUCAAUAAAGCUUUUCUCAACUA